ACUUUUUUCUUGGCUUUGAAGAUUUAUCAACCUCUGAAGUCCUGGCUCAUCAUUCCAGAUGGAGGAAACAACUGGAUAUAGCUUAACUCUUUGCCUGCAAAAGCUCAGAGAUGCAGAGUUCCUGACAUUUAAAAAGCUGCUCAGGAAAGUGUCAGAGCAAUUUAAACUCAAGCCAAUUCCUUGGACUGAGAUUGAGAUGAUUUCAAGAAAAGACAUGGAAAUGCUGUUGAAUACACAUUAUCCAGGAAGGGCAUGGGACAUCGCAUUGAAACUGUUUCUACAGGUCAAAAGAAAUGACCUCUGGAUUAUGACUCAGGAGCUGAGAAGAGAUAAACAAAGUUCAUACAGAGAGAUUAUGAAGACUAUAUUUAAAUACAUAUGGACCCGGGAGAACUACGUUCAUAUGCCUGAUUUAGACUACAAAUUAACUCUAGAAAGGCAGUACAGAGAAUUGCAAGAAGUAUUUGGUCCUCAGUUGGAGCCAGUCACUGCAGUUGUCCUGGGUAAUAAAGGAGAAGGCAAAAGCACUUUCUUAAGAAAAGCAAUGAUGGAUUGGGCAUCAGGAAUCUUAUGGCAGAACAGAUUUCAGUAUGUUUUCUUCUUCUCUCUCAUCUCGCUUAACAACACCACUGAGUUAAGCUUAGCUCAGCUCAUCUCAAGUAAGUUAUCUGAGUCUUCAGAGAUGCUGGAUGAUGUCUUAUCCGAUCCUAGAAGAAUCUUGUUUAUCCUGGAGGGAUUUGACUACCUGAAGUUUGACUUGGAACUCCGGACAAACUUAUGCAGUGACUGGAGGAAGAGUAUGCCAACACAGAUUGUCUUGAGCAGUUUGCUACAGAAAGUAAUGCUCCCAGAAUCCUCUCUGCUUCUUGAAUUGGGAUGCCAAAGUGAACAAAAAAUAUCUCCAUUGCUACAGUAUCCAAGGACCAUAUAUAUUGGAGAAUUUGUUAACCCAGCUAUAAAGUUAUAUUGUAUGUUUUUCUUCAAAAAUGCUGAGAAAGGCUUAGAAGUCUUUAAUUAUUUAGAAUCCUGUCUACCAUUGUUCUUGAUAUGCAAAAAUCCUUACAUAUGCUGGUUGACCUGUAGUACUAUAAAGUGGCAGUGUGACAGGGGAGAGGAAGUAAACUUAUAUAGUGAAACAAGUGCAGGGAUAUACACGAGCUUUACAUUGAGCUCAUUCAGAUCAGAGUAUGCCAACACUCCAUCUAAAGAGAACAGAGCCCGAUUAAAGACCCUGUGUACUUUGGCUGUGGAAGGAAUUUGGAAAUGGGUGUUUGUGUUUAAGUCUGAGGAUCUCAGGAGGAAUGGGAUAUGUGAAUCUCAGCAGACAGUGUGGCUGCGAAUGAAUUUUCUCAAUACACGAGGUGACUGUUUCGUGUUUUAUCAUCCUGCACUACAGUGUUAUUUUGCUGCCCUGUUCUAUUUCCUCAGACAAGACAAAGACAAACCUCACCCCAUUAUUGGAAGCCUACCCCAGCUUCUAAGAGAAAUCUAUGGGCAUGGGUUCUAUUCUCAUGGAGAAACUCACUGGUCCAUUACUGGGAUAUUUGUGUUUGGAAUUGCCACCGAAAAAGUUGCUACCAUGCUGAGACCACACUUUGGUUUUAUACCAUUCCAGGAGACAAAACGGGAAAUCCUCAAAUGCAUUAGUAAUUUGAGUCAAGGAGAGUGCAGUGGGAAAGUGAGUGCCCAGAGUUUGUUUGAUGGCCUGCUAGAUAACCAAGAGGAACGAUUUGUAACACAAGUGUUGGAUCUAUUUGAAGAAAUGACUAUUGAUAUUAGUAAUGUAGAUGAAUUGUCAUUGGCGAAAAUUUAUCUGCAGAAAUCUCAAAAAAUAAAGAAACUUCAUCUGCAUAUAGAUCACAGAAUUUUCUCAGAAAUCUAUGACCCAGAAGAGUGUGACUUAGAAUACUUUACAGAAGAGAAGAUCAAAGUAACCCAAGAAUGGAGUGAGUUCUGCAGUGUUUUCCAGAAAUUGCAAGUGCUGGAUAUGGAGAGCUGUAAUUUCAAUGAAACCGUGAUUCAGGAUCUUUGUGCAUCAAUGUCUCCAUCUACUACAAUGCCUCUGAAUGCUUUUAAGCUGCAAAGCUUGUCGAAAUGUUCCUUCAUGACUAACUUUGGAGAUGGUGCAUUAUUUUCCACACUUCUUCGACUACCUCAUCUGAAAUCUCUGAACCUCUAUGGCACUAAUCUCUCCAGUGAUGUAGUUGAGAAUAUUUGCUCGGUGCUGAAAUGUCCAACAUGCAGAGUAGAGGAGCUGCUGUUGGGGAAAUGUGACAUCUCCAGUGAUGCUUGUGGUGCAAUUGCUACUUCCCUAACCAAAUGCAAGGUGAAACAUCUAUCAUUGGUUGAAAAUCCCUUGAAGAAUAAAGGAGUGAUGAAACUGUGUAAAAUCCUGAAGCAUCCGAGCUGUGUCCUGGAAACACUGAUGUUGUCAUAUUGCUGUCUCACCUUCAUUGGCUGUAGCCAUCUCUAUGAAGCCCUUUUGUGCAAUAAAUGCCUCUCUCUGCUUGACCUGGGCUCAAAUUUCCUGGAAGAUACUGGAGUGAACAUUCUGUGUGAAGCUUUGAAAGCCCCAGCGUGCCCUGUACAGGAGUUAUGGUUGUCUGGUUGCUAUCUCACUUCAGCCUGCUGUGAGGGGAUCUCUGCUGUCCUUUCUUGCAAUAAAAAUAUAAAGACCCUGAAACUGGGCAACAAUAACAUACAAGACUCUGGCGUCAAAAAGUUAUGUGAAGCUCUGAUGAAUCCUGAAUGUAAAUUACAGUGUCUUGGGUUAGAUAUGUGUGAGUUCACCACUGGCUGUUGUGCAGACCUUGCCUUGGCUCUCACCAAAUGCAGAACCCUGACCAGCCUGAACCUGGACUGGAUGACCUUUGACCCUGAUGGCCUGGAGCUGCUUUGUGAGGCUCUGAAUCAUAAAGCCUGUAACUUGAAGGAGCUGGGAAUGGACAAAUCUGCAUUUUCUGAGGAAUCACAGAUGCUACUGGAAAGUGUGGAAAAGAAAACUAACCUGAAUAUUUUGCAUUUUCCCUGGAUCAAAGAGGAAAGGAAGAAGAGGGGUGUUUGUCUGGUGUGGAACAGCAAGAAUUGA